AUGUCUAAUAAUUUCAAGUGACAUUUCGUUUCGCAUUAUUGAGGUUAAACCCCAAAAAAAUCAUAUUUUUUAAUAACACGCUCCUAUUUAGUGGUUAAAAUCGUCGAUUUUGUAUUCCUUGGUAUCGAUUUUAUGGUAAAAUCGUUUUUUCGCCCCCACAACACCGCUACAAGCGAAACAAAAAAAGUGAGGUUAUGUCACCCAGAAAAAGUGUAAGAUAAUCUAAAAAAAAUCGUUUUGUGACUUUGUGAUGCUCAAUUGGGAGCAAGAUAUAGGCGUGUGGGAUGCAGUUUUACUCGAGCCCCUCACCGAGGAUGCCUUCCUUUCGAAUCUGCACCAAAGGUUCAAAAGGGACCAAAUUUAUACGUAUAUUGGGAAUGUUUUGAUUUCGGUUAAUCCUUAUAAAAAGCUCGCCUUGUAUUCGGCCGAUUUAGCAGCUAAUUAUGCUCGUAGGGCGCCUUUUCAACUUCCUCCACACAUAUAUGGAAUAACAAAUACAGCUUACAGAUGGCUUCAAGAUAGAAAUGAAGAUCAAUGUAUUAUAAUAACCGGUGAAAGUGGAUCAGGAAAGACAGAGGCUGCUCGAAUUGUGCUCCAAUUUUUGGUUUUAACCUCAGGAAAUGUCUCAAAAGAGGUUAAACUUUGUAAUGACCAAUUGGUGCAAGCUAAUACUGUUUUGGAGGCUUUUGGGAAUGCAAGAACUGUUAAAAAUAAGAAUGCCUCAAGAUUUGGGAAAUUUUUGGAUAUUCAGUUCAAUUUUAGAGGGGAACCUAUUGGUGGCUUCUUAACCAACUAUUUUUUGGAUAAGUCUAGGGUCACAAAUUUAUCGUUUGGCGAUCGAAACUUCCACAUAUUCUACCAACUACUCUCAGGAGCAGACAUCCAACUCCUAAAAUGUCUUAAAUUGCAACGAAACGUUGAGCAAUACGAAAUUUUGCAAUCCCACGACGACCACGUUCCCACCCAAACCGACGAAAAAGACAAGCAACUUUUCGUGUAUACAAAAAACGCUUUAGAAAUUCUCAACUUUGCACCAGAAGAGGUUCUAAAUAUCUUCCAAGUAAUCGCUGUUAUUUUAAAAUUGGGGAAUUUAAAAUUCGUUCCUUGCAAUAACAUCGAUGGAACGGAAGGUUGUUGCAUCGCAAACGAUUAUGAAUUAUACGACGUCUGUGAAAUUUUAAACGUCGAAUUCAAAUGGUUACAACGGAGUUUAACGAGUCGGUAUUUAGACGAAGGUAUUUUGGCCGAAUUAAAUUCGUUCGAAGCGUCAAAAACGAACGACUCCCUCUGCAGGAUAUUGUACAGCCGAUUGUUUACGUGGCUUGUUAAUAAAAUCAACGACAAACUAAAAGUUUCGAGACAAACGCGGUGUAAUAAACGUAAAGUUUUGGGCGUUUUAGAUUUCUACGGGUUUGAAACGUUCGAAAAUAACGGGUUGGAACAGUUGCUCAUUAAUUAUUGCAAUGAAAAGCUGCAACAGGCGAUUUUGAUGUGCACGUUGAAGGAGGAGCAGGAAGAAAUUGUUAAGGAGGGGCUGGAGUGGACUAGGAUUGAGUAUUUUAGUAAUGGCAGCAUAUGUCAGCUGUUAGAGCACGAAACUCAUGGAAUUUUGUCGCUAUUGGAGGAACCGACGUCGCAUUCCGAUCAAGGGUACUUAACGAGGAUAGAGCAAUGCUGCGCUGGACACUCACAUUGCUUAAUUGGGGACCCCAUCAUUCCAAAGAGCAGCUUCCAAAUUAAGCACUUCGCCGGUCCAGUUACCUACACAAUUCGGAACUUCAUCGAGCGAAAUCGCAACGAUCUCUCAAAAGAGCUUUAUCGCGCCAUGUACAGGUGUAAUAACUCGUUGGUGCAGGAACUAUUUCCGGAGGGAAAUCCGAAACGGUGUACUUUAAAGCGAACUCUAUCCGCCACGAAUCACCUAAAAAUAACGCUAAAUUCGUUAUUAAAGAGUUUAUUACCACGGCAUAGUCAUUAUAUACGAUGUAUUAAACCAAAUGAAGUUAAGCAAGCUAAAAUUUUUGAGAUAUCUUUAGUACAACACCAGGUCAGAUAUUUAUGUUUACUCCCAACCGUGGAGCUUUGGCGAACCGGAUAUUGCUACCGCCUACUUUACUCCCAUUUCUUACACAGAUACAAGAUGUUGAACUCAUCGACUUGGCCCAAAUUUUACGGCCCAUCCAUCGAGGGAGUUUCAACAAUCUUAAAAAGCCUCCCACUUCCGGGGGCUGAAUUCAUUUUCGGACGAACGAAGGUUUUUGUGCGGAGCCCCCGCACGGUUUUUGAACUAGAAGAGUUCCGGCGAGAAAGACUGCAUUAUUUGGCAGCUCUCAUCCAGAAAUGCUAUCGAGGGUAUCGACAGAGGAGGAAGUUUCAAAAAAUGAGGAGGAGUCAAAGGGUGAUUGCGGCGGCUUGGAGGACUUGGAGGGAGUUACGAUUUGGCAUUCCUUUUGACGGGAGACGACAUCUUUGGUGUUUAUACAGGGUGGCUCGCGAAGAAUUUCGCACGUUAAAACACCGCAGAGAAAUCGAAUGGGCCGCGACGGUCAUUCAAAGACAUUACAUCCAAUGGAAAAGAAAACAGUUCCUUUUAACUUUGGCGAAUUUCCUAAAAAACAAAGACCUCGAAAGUCCGACCUGCACGAAUUGGCCCACUACGAAUAAAUCGAAAUUUCAAGAAUGUAACGUCCUAUUGAGGCGGCUCUACCAUAAGUGGAGGUGUCAUAAGUACCGGUUAAAGUUCGACCAAACGUCGCGGAAUCGGAUGAGAGAGAAAGUAACGGCCAGUUUGAUUUUUAAAGAUCGAAAAUCGUCCUAUAGUCGGAGCGUUUCGCACCCAUUCCUCGGAGAUUACGUGCGAUUGAGGCAAAACAUCCAGUGGAAAAAGCUGUGCUUGGAAACCAACGACCAAUACGUCGUGUUCGCCGAUAUUGUGAAUAAAAUCGCCCGAUCGAGUGGAAAGGUAAGCUUAAAAAUUUUAAUAUAUCUUCUUAUUGGUUGCCCUAUUACUACGUCACACUAUUUGCCACGCCCAAUUAACUGUCAAUUUUUAGAGGUAUCUUUAGAGGCAUUUUUCUCAAAAUUU